AUUUAUCUGGUUUUCAGUUUUCGUUCAGAUUUCUUCGUUUACGAAAACUGCACUUCGCUUCGCAACAUCCUGAGUUUUGUUUGGGAAAUGUGAAAUGUUUUCGUGGACUUUGCUUUGAUUAUUUACUCCGAUGGUGUUCACCAUGGACUUAUUCCGUCGUCCGUUAUUCCCCCUGAUGUCGCUGGUUCAGCGACAGUUCUCCGUGAGCUCCUUCCUCCUGGGCGAGAAGAUCCCCCAGAAGAAGAUAUCAGUGAAGAAAUCGGGCCUAGUGGUUCCGUCGGCCGCGGCCGUGGCCGCCGCCGCUGCAGCGGCCAACCCCGCCCUUGCUCCCGUUCAUCCGGGCCAUAAUCCGCGUGGGACGAAUAAACGGAAGCACCCGCGACCCAUCCACAAGCAUUAUAUUCCGGCGCCGUUCGUCGACUGGAAGGCCAAUAUCGACUGGACGAUUGACAGGAACUCCGUGCUCAGCUAUCGACCCCAUGCUAGCCAUCAUUGGCAGGACUGGAAAAUGUUGCGUGAUGUGAAGCGACGCGCGUACGUCGAGCGGGAUUUCCGGACCCGCAAAAUGCUAAUGCUCCUAUACCGGUCCGAUAAGACACUGCCCAAGGAGCUGAACGAAGAAGCCAAGACAGACAUCGAGAAAAUGGUGCGGGACACCGAUUACAGGCGUAUCGUCGAUCGUUGCAUGUUCACCAGUCGUCCGCGGGGUCUGGCCAAACGCUGGCGGCUCAGUCGGAUUGUGUGGCGGGAUAUCGCUGAUCACAACCGACUGUCGGGAGUUAUUCGGGCGAACUGGAUGUAUCGCAAUGAUAAAACAUAUUUCCACAAUAUGGCACCCGAUCUCCACGACACCCUCACCAGUUUGGAUCCCCUGCAGGGCGGCCGGGGAACCUACUACACGGAACUGGAGAACAAAUACUACUGGUCCGGCCAUGCCUUCCCCAUGGUGGUGCUGAAUCAGAACAUCUUCAAACAGCCCUUCGUCUACCCACCGCCCCUCCCCGAGAACGUGCCGCGUCUGCGCAAUACACCCCGCAAGCGACGCCAGAACCGUAAACGCUUCAAUCUGCUGAUGGAACCCUGGGAGACCGUGCUGCAAGAGCCCAAACGCUUCCAGUACGGGAUUUGCGCGUACGGACGGCCGAAUUACAAUGAGAAGCACCGUACCGGCGAGAGCUAUGUGUACCGUAACCACGGCAUACCGUCGGGACCGGUGACGGGGUCGGAUGUGCCGCUGGAGCAGUUUAAUACCGAGGAUGUUGAUUAGAGAACACUUAAUGAUGUUGCAUGAUGUAUAAUGUGUACUGGGACGAAGCGAUGCGGUUUGUUGGUGUUUCGCGUUACCUUCGGCGUGUUGGAUACGAUAAUCAUUGGAAAAUUACUGAAAUGAUUGCAUAAAGCUCGUAGAGUACUUGAGACGUUUAUAUAAAAUUAUGAAUAAAACACUGAUAGUUUUGACAAGUUUUAGAACGCUUUGAUUGAUACCAUUGUGUGUCAUUACAAUUUUAUCAAUAGUGAGAUAAUUUCGCGCAGCACAGUCGGUGAUAUUCCAGGUCGGGCUCUGCGCUGUCGCUUAUUUGACAUGGAAUGCAGAAAUGCUGCACUGCAUCGCACGCUGAAACUUCUAACAUCCGUAAUAAAAUGCGAACUUGAAUUCUGUUUCACACCAGGGUUUUCUAAAAAUUUAAUUUUAUCAUCUCCUGUUGGACAAACUUGUCACCAAAUCAUUUUCGGUCGGAGUUAGUGGCUUUGUCGAAUAAUCCAAAAAAAGCUUGUAAGCUCGGCAAUGUUUGCAUUUCCUGUAAUUUUGAUAUGUUUUCUGGUCACGGGAAUUGAUGCCUGGGGACGGGUGGAAGUCUUUGCUGAUCGUUUUGAAGAUGACAUAAUCGAUGUCAACAAGUGGAACGUGGCCGACGCUAAAACAGCUACGCUGACCAGCGGUGGCCCCGUCAAUGCGCAGCAGGUGCUAAUCCAAAACGACGCUACGCAAGUCUGGGAAAAGGAGCACAAAAUGUUCCUUCUAACCAACCCCCCGGUGAUGUUCAAUGCAACACCACCCCACCUCUUCCUCACCGCUCGCGUGGACACACGAAGCAAGUUUUCCUACCAGUACGGCGAAGUAGAAUGGAGUGUACAGAUGCCGCUGGGCCGCGGCGUAUCAGCCAGCCUCUCUCUGAUCCCCGAUGACUGCAAGAAUGACCCCUGCGACCACCAGAUCGACCUGCUUUACCGCGGGGAUUUCCCGAACCGCGUGACCUUUAUGGUGCGCUCUUCGUACCAGUAUAGCAGCACGUCGGAUACGCAGCACGAUGGAAUUGAUAUCACCCUGUCUAACAGUCUGGCGACGAAUUUCAAUAAAUUCCGUAUCCUGUGGGAUGACCAGCAGGUUAAGUUGUACGUGAACUUUCAGGACAAUCAACCGGAGAACUUCGCCAUUAUCGAUAAUCCGUCUCUGCUGCCACAUGUUCCCAUGCACAUCCGCAUGGAUACCUCGGUGGGAGGAUGGUAUGCCGGAUUGCCGAAUACGCAGAGUUCGAGAGAAGCAUCGUUUUUAAUUAUUGAAGAGGUUACGGUUCAUCGCUGGCAGUAAUUACGGUGGAUUGGCAACAUAGAAUGUCUAAUUACUGUACGAUAAUAUUAUUCCAGUUGUUAAAUCCGCAAAGUGCUUACAGUUUAGUAGAAACGUUUUUUCUUGCCUUGGCUUUUUAUUUGUGCUUAACGAGAACUUGUUGAUACAAAGGAUCUGCAUCCAGCCAAAUUCCCCGAAUCGUACUUCAUCAUUGCAAAGCCCGGGCCGUUGACGGGAAGGUUCAGGAUCGAUCGAACUGUCGACAAGCGUGUACGCUUGUAGCCAUUUAGCCAUUGUCAGCUUUCGAGUAAAGGUCGGUUUACUAACUAGGUUUUCCGGCAAAAGCUUUUUCUUUUGUUGGCAAAAAGUGUAAUAAAGAUAUACAACAAA